ACUUGAGUAAGGUGCCACCUCAGCUGGGUGCAGAUUCUCAAGGUUGAAUAGUAAAACCGCAGAGUAGAUUCCAAGUGACACCUAUAGAUGAAAUAAAACAUGAAAUGCAGGAUUUUAUCCCUAAGGAAACCCCUGAAAUGUAUAAAGAAAGAAAAUGAAAGCAAAUUCAAGAAAUCUGUGAAGUCCCGUCUAGUUGUGGCACAGGUGGUAGAUUCCGUCCAUACUGGUGCUGUUUUUACAUUUGACUAUUGUAUGCUCAUAAUUUUAGCAAGUAUGAUUUCUGUUCUUGGUUUGGUAGAAAACAGUUCGGUUGUUUUAGUAGCCAGUAUGUUGAUAUCACCAUUGAUGGGCCCAAUACUAGCAGGGACUUUUGGUACUGUGAUCCAAAAUUAUUCUUUACGAAAUCUUGGUCUGAGAUCGGAAUCAAUUGGUCUUGCAUUGUGCAUUAUCUGUGGGUUUAUCUUUGGACUAAUCAUUGGUGCCAUCCAUCUCCAAGGAGUGACAGGAUAUAUUGAUGAAUGGCCCACUAUGGAAAUGAAGUCCAGAGGCAUGAGUCGUAGUCUGUGGAUUGGUAUCUUAAUAGCACUUCCAUCCGGUGCUGGAGUGUCUCUGUCUGUUCUGGGUGGUAACUCUGGGCCAUUGGUUGGAGUUGCCAUAUCUGCCUCACUGCUACCACCUGCUGUCAAUGCUGGAAUGCUGUGGUCAUUUGCUUUACUUUCAGUCAUCAGUCCACCAAAAACAACCCCACAUGGCAAUACCACUGCUAUUUCAAUUAAUGACAACCCUUUAGGGUGCUUGCCAUUUCAAGACAAUGCUUACACACCAAUGUACAGCUGUGACAUGGCCAAAGAAAUGGGAAUCAUGGGAACCAUAAGUCUCCUGCUGACUCUCUUUAACAUCGUGUGUAUAUUCAUAGUUGGUGUUGUCAUGUUGAAGAUUAAAGAAGUUGUGCCACUGGCUUCAGUAGAUGAAAUGGCAGAAUUUUGGCAGCAUGAUAUACAAGUGGCCAGGGAUUCCUACAAGACUAUGAAGGGCCCUGAAUCUUUGCAUUUUAUUACAGAAUAUCAGAAACUUCUAGAGAAAGAAAGAAACAUGACUUUUAAUAAGUUGAGUCACAUGACUCAACCGCCAAGGGGUCCAAAAGGCAAAUUUGACUCCAGUUCGAAGGUAUAUAAAACUCUACCAAACAAUAAAGUCACACUUGGCAAUACUCAGACUUUGCAUGACUCAAAAUUUUUCAACUUUGAACCGAAUGAACCGAUUGAGCUAUCCCCAGGGGUGAGAGUAGCACGACCAUUAUUUCCUACUUCUCAAGAGCAAAUUCCCAUUGAAUUUCCUACUUCUCAAAAGCAUUCUCACUCUGAAUUACGAUGCAGCCUUAGCAAUCCUGGAGAAGUGAAAGAUAAACAUCGGAAAUUUCGGCUAAAACCACUUUUCCAUAAGCCAAAGGGUCGAGUUGUGGUGGGCAAGGAGAAAAAGUUUACUGUCACCUCUGUACCCGAAAAUCCCAAACAUCCAUCACAUAAGGGGGAAGGAAGUUACCAAAUGAUCAGUGGGGAAGUGUAAAUAGCAUUGCUGAAGCAAGGGAUGGCUAUUGUGUGUGUAUGCAUCAAUACUUGCGUGUGAAUUAGUUGGAAGAAUGUGUAAGGUUAGUCAGUAAUAUUGAUUUCAAAUUUAGGCACAAGGCCAGCAAGUUCAGGGUAGGAUGUAAGUCAAUUACGUGAGCCCCAGUGUUCAACUGGUACUUACUUUAUAGAACCUGAAAUGACGAAAGACAAAGUCAGCAUCUGCAAAAUUUGAACUCAGAACAUAAAGAGAGAGGAAAUGCCUCUAAGCAUUUCACUCAGUGUGCUAAUGAUUCUGACUUAAUGUUAAUUCGUAACAUUAACACUGCUCUUAUCUGCAAGCCUUGGUAAGGCAGGGAAUAAAUAUUUGUGAAGGUAUGUAUAUGUGUAUGGAUUAUUGAACAGGAUGUGUACAGUGAGUGAUAUACAGUCAGAAGGAUGUGUAAAUAUGGAUGUGUGUAUGUGUG